AAUGGAGAACUUGAGACGAAUUACAACCAGGUAGUAAUCUCUUUAGACCCACUGACUGCUGUUUGCUCGCUUCAAUCAAUCCUCACAUAUUCUUGCCGCUUGCGAGCUUGCGGCGAAAGACACGAGUUUAUACGAUAGCACGCAAGAAUACGCUUGAGCCGUUCUGUUGAGCCAGCGACAUGAUGGAUUUAUGUAGAGGCAACGUUUCCUUCGUCUUUAUGGACAUGAAUCUACCUUCACUCGCUCUGCUUCGAUGUCCCGGAUGCACUUUAUACAGAACUACUACCUUUUCGCAGUCGCCGUUGCGAUAGCCUUCAGCCCUACGAUACAUGCCAUAUUCUUGAAUCGUACCUUCGAAGAUGUGUGCACUACCUUUGCAUCGGAGCUACAUGUUCCCAAUGUAAAGGUACAAUUCAGCCAGUAUCUCCCAAAGGGCUACAACCUAUCUGUACCAGAUUUUCCCCAAUCAUGCAUCGAGGCACAAGGCUCGUCUCCUUAUCAAGUCAUUCGCGCCGACGUAUGCCGUAUCGCCAUGCUUGUGAACACUUCCGACACUAGCAGCAUGACUCUAGAAGCCUGGUUGCCGUCCAACUGGACUGGCAGGUUUCUCAGUGGAGGCAACGGUGGUCUUUCCGGCUGUGUACAGUAUGUGGACUUGUCUUAUGGAUCCUCUUCGGGGUUUGCAACUGUCAGCGGUAAUAAUGGUCACAAUGGUUCGUCCGCAGAGCCCUUCUUCCAGCAGCCCGAUGUUUUGGAGGAUUACGUCUAUCGCGCUAUUUACACUGGAAGUGUGGUAGGAAAGAAAGUUACAACGACAUUUUAUGGAGAGAAUAUCCACAAGUCUUACUUCAUGGGCUGCUCAGGUGGAGGUAGACAAGGAUUUAAGCUGGCUCAGUCCUUUCCUGACGUUUUCGACGGCAUUGUUGCUGCCGCUCCGGCUCUCGACUUCGUCAAUUUAAUCAACUGGGGAGGCUACCUCAGUACCUUGGCUGGUUUUGAGACCAACUCUUCGACAUUCAUUACGGAAUCCCUGUGGCAAAUUAUUCAUGAGGAGGUGCUGAAUCAAUGUGAUGCUUUGGACGGUGCGGUCGAUGGAAUCAUCGAAGACACAGAUCUGUGCCAUCCUCAAUUUGAGCCUUUGAUAUGUUCAGAAGGCACGAGCGACAGUACGGUAUGCCUUAGCGGUGCACAGGCAGCAACGGUACGUGCUCUGUACGAGCCCCUCUACGGUGUGGAUGGGGCCCUUUUGUAUCCACGCCUGCAACCAGGCACCGAGACAACGACCUACAGCACAUACUUCUCGGGAGAACCAUCCAUGCUUGCCUCUGAAUGGUUCAAAUACGUUGUGUAUGAUCCUUCAUUCGACCCAAAGACUCUGACUCGCGAAGACUUCGCCGUGGCACUUUCUCAAAACCCGUACAAUAUCAGCACGUUCGACGCUGACCUUUCGGUUUUCCAAAACCGAGGUGGAAAUCUCCUGACAUUCCAUGGCAUGGAAGAUAACAUCAUUUCUUCGGAGAUCAGUACCCUCUAUUACCAUCGCUUGGCGGAGACAAUGUCGCUAGCACCUUCUUCACUUGACUCCUUCUAUCGCUACUUCCGUGUCAGUGGGAUGGGUCACUGCGCUCUAGGAAACGGUGCGUAUGGAUUAGGGAUGUACUCUUUUGGAGCCAUUGACAAUGCCCUUGACCAAGAUCCGGACGACAAUGUAUUAGCCCGCAUUGUGGCUUGGGUGGAGCGAGGAGAGGCCCCUGAAUACAUUCGAGGAACAAGCAACACAAAACCCUUGUACAAGCGAAAGCAUUGCAAGUAUCCGAAACGGAACGUUUAUAUUGGCCCAGGUGACCAUACGGACGAGAAUGCUUGGGUGUGUCAGUAG